UUCCAUAGCCCAAUUCUUGAUCUGCAUACAAAAGUGUAUGACCUAAAGAAUUUUCUUCAAGAUAUGGUUCAUGUCAGGACAGACAUUGAUGGGACUAUUGUUGCUGAGAAAAAGAGGAAGAGGAAAGAUGGUGACUGCAGGAGAAAAAAGAAAGGAUGUUCCAGUUUGCGAAUAUGAAGCACAAAGAAAUGCAAAUGUCCUAGCCAAUAACAUGAAGCUCAAAGCUUUGCAGCUUCAAGAGCUUGGACAGGAAGUUUCCUCAUCACUUAUGACAGGAAAAAAGAGAAAGGUGGAAGCUGUGAGGCAUCAAGAAAAGAGGACGACAACUAAUGCUACAAUUCAGCACAACUUACGAACAAGCUCGAGAUUGAGUGCUGCACGGGCUAAUGUACAACCAGGGAAUGGGAGUGGUGCACCUAGUGCUCAUCUACAGGCAAGGAAUGGCCCAAGUGGUGAUCUACAGCCAGAGAAUGGGAGUAGUGGAGCAAGUGCUCAUCUACAGCCAAGGAAUGAAGAGUUAAGAGAACAAGAGAAGAAAAAAGUUAGAGGGCCAACUACAAAGGCUGACAUAUUUGCAAGACAAAAUAAACCAAAACUCAAACUAGAGAUAAAUGACUGUGGCCAGCCUUGUGGACCUUCAAGCACUGAAUUUGCUAACUUUAUUGGUGCACUUGUGAGAACAAAGGGCUUUCCGAUGGCACAUGAUGAUUGGAGGAAGGUUUGCCCACAAAAAAAAUAUAAGCUGUGGACAGAUGCUCAGCUCUAUUGGGAUAUAGACAAUGGGUCCUUCAACUGGUUUAUGAAAACAGCAGCUACAAAAUGGAGGGAGUUCAAAGCAGAGUUGAGGAAGGUCUUUCAUGAUGAUAUGGAAUACGAAGAACUGCUUGAAUUGCGAGACGAAAGAGUGCAUGAGGAGGAUUGGAAGUGGUUAAUUGAUCAUUGGAUGUCUCCAGAUGGAGCUGUUCGUUCAAUGAGAGGGAAAGCAAAUCGGUCAAAGAAGACUCAAAACCAUACAUCUGGAAGCAAGAGCCAUGCACGUGUUGGGUUUGAAAUGUGUGAAGAGCUAGGACGUCCAGCACGUAGAGAUGAAUUGUUUAUUAAAACACACACACAUAAAAAUGGAGUACCUCACAAGGGAGCCGAAACAACAAUUAAUGCACUGAAAGAUGCAGUCAGAGAUCAUCCUGAACUAGUAGAGAAGAGUAUAGGGGAAGGUGAUGCCUAUUUCCAUGUUUGUGGGCCAGAGAAGAAUGGAUAUGUUCGUGUUGUUGGCUUAGGACCAACACCUGCUGAAUUGGAGAUGCCUGGGGCCAAAAAAUGCACAUCAACCAGGCUUCAAAUGGAAAUCGAAGCUCGUCGACAAUCUGAUAAGAAAGUGGAAGCUUUAGAAAGCCGUUUGGACAAUAUGCAACAGCUGCUAGAAAAGUUACUUCAGCAGCAAAUAAAUCCUUCUAGCACUCCAAAUGGAUCAAACAGUUCCGCUCAUGUGAAUCGACCUACUAUUGGGGAACAACUAGAGAACCAUCAUGAUGAUAUGGGAUCACGUGCUGAGGAUGAAAUAGAUAACAUGCACUUGAGUGAUGAUGAAAACUUGCUCAUGACUAGGCACUCUGUUUUUUUUCCAGAGGAACCACAUCAUGAAGAGGGUGGAAGAGAUGUGAUCUUGUAUAAUGUUGUGAGGCCCUAUAAUCUCCCUGUGGCUAAGGGAACUAUGCAAACAACAAACCCAUCAUCUAUAGUGGGGGGCACUCCUCUUGGCGUUCAAUACUGUGAGGUAGUUGUCAAUCAUGUUUUCAUGAGAGAAGCUAUACUACCUCGCCCUUAUGGAGCCUUAAAGUCUGUUGGAGAUGCUCGUGGGAGAUCCAUUGCUUGGCCACAUGACAGAAUCAAGGAGGACAUGAAGUCUUCAAAGCUGUCAAAAGGUCCAGGUCCUGGUACUUAAGUACUAAUUGCCCAUGCAAUCACAGGUGAACAGGCAACUAGCUGGUGGAGUACGUAGUAAUCUUUUGGCAGUAAGGCAUGUUACAAGCUUUGGAGUGACCUUUUGUGCAACAAGAAUAUAUUUUGUGUGAUUGUGUGGUUAGAUUUUUUUUUUAUUAGAGAGAAGCUUGUAUAUUCUCUCCCAGUGGGUCAUAUGCAUAUGGCACCAUAUAAUAGGCUGGAACUUAUGACCUAACAGUUUGAUAUUGGACAUGUAUUUUGGUACUGUAUUUGACAUCUAUCUAUGCUGAUGCCACCUGGUGGAUCCUGA